ACAGUGUGAACACUCGUGGACGACACAAGCUCCUUCCUCUCUCUCUCUCUCUAAACUCCAACUCGAAUCUGAACACAAAGUUAGUUUUUUUCCUUGAAACCCAGAUUCUCAAUUCCCUCCUUUAUUUCCGGACACAGCUAAAGUUUCCACCUUUUGUCGUUUUUCUUCUUCUCCAUUGGUCAUUGAUUUUCUCAAAGCGGUUUCUGCAAGUUUAGAUUACUAUUCAUCAAAGUGGAGAGAGGAUGGGUUGCUUCUCGUGCUUCGAUUCGAGUGACGACGAGACGCUGAAUCCAGCAGCUGAGGAAUCAUCCAAGACUCAGAAACAAUCACAGCCGACAGUUUCUAAUAGCUUGUCUGCACUACCUUCAGGUGGGGAGAAGCUUAACUCAAACUCAAAGAGCAAUGGAGGCGCCAAAACGGAGCUGCUUCUUCCAAGAGAUGGGCUUGGACAAAUCGCUGCUCACACAUUUACUUUCCGCGAGCUCGCUGCCGCUACUAUGAACUUUCAUCCGGAUACUUUCUUAGGAGAAGGUGGUUUCGGACGUGUCUACAAAGGAAGGCUUGACAGCACUGGUCAGGUUGUUGCUGUUAAACAGUUGGACAGGAACGGUCUACAAGGUAACAGAGAGUUUCUGGUAGAGGUUCUUAUGCUCAGCCUUCUUCAUCAUCCCAACUUAGUCAACCUCAUUGGUUACUGCGCUGAUGGAGAUCAACGCCUCUUGGUCUAUGAGUUUAUGUCCUUAGGAUCAUUGGAAGAUCACCUCCACGAUCUUCCACCGGAUAAGGAGGCUUUGGACUGGAACAUGAGAAUGAAGAUAGCUGCUGGUGCAGCCAAAGGAUUAGAGUUUCUACAUGAUAAGGCAAACCCUCCUGUUAUCUACAGAGAUUUCAAGUCUUCAAACAUUUUACUAGACGAGGGUUUCCACCCAAAGCUCUCUGACUUUGGACUUGCUAAACUCGGACCAACGGGAGACAAAUCUCAUGUCUCCACCAGAGUCAUGGGCACUUACGGUUACUGUGCUCCCGAGUACGCAAUGACCGGACAGUUAACAGUUAAAUCAGAUGUCUACAGUUUCGGUGUGGUGUUUCUUGAGCUCAUUACUGGUCGAAAAGCGAUAGAUACCGACAUGCCUCAUGGAGAGCAGAACCUAGUGGCUUGGGCUCGCCCGUUGUUUAAUGAUAGGAGAAAGUUUAUAAAACUGGCGGAUCCUAAGUUAAAAGGGAGGUUUCCAACGCGUGCGCUGUACCAAGCAUUAGCCGUGGCUUCAAUGUGCAUCCAAGGGGAGGCGGCUACACGUCCUCUCAUAGCAGAUGUGGUUACUGCGCUCUCGUAUCUUGCGAACCAAGGUUAUGAUCCAAACAAGAAUGAGAGAGGGGCGAGGUUGAUAACGAGGAACGAUGAAGGUGGUGGCUCGGGGAGUAAGUUUGAUUUAGAAGGUUCUGAGAAGGAAGAUUCGCCUAGAGAGACGGCUAGGAUGUUGAACCGAGAUAUCAAUAGGGAGCGUGCGGUUGCGGAAGCUAAAAUGUGGGGAGAGAGUUUGAGGGAGAAACGAAGACAGAGUGAGCAGGGGACUUCAGAGAGUAACAGUACCGGUUAAUACCGGUUUGGGUGGGUUUUGAACCCUUUUUUGUUCUUGUAUCACAAACUCAUUUGUUCUGAAACAUAGAGAAAAAAAACACAUUAAAGAAAAAAAAUCGAAAAUAAAAAAAUAAACAUUGGCAAAAAGAGUUAUGUACAUAAUUAGAUUACAUAUGAAUAAUAUGUACAUAACAUCUAA